AUGCAGUCUCUCUCAGAGCGCGACCUCGGCCGUGUGGAGAAGCUGUUUAACAGCAUCCGCAGACUACUCGACUAUGACGAGGUGCGCCGUCGCCAUGACGGCUCUACAGCCGCAGGGGCGCAUGUCUCUAGCGCUUCUGCCCUUGCAGCGACGGUGGCCCCGUCGACCGUGUUCGGUGAGCACCAGGAUCAGCCAGUCGCCGGCGGUGCCAGCAACAGCAUAUCAGAGCGGCGACUGUGGGCAGAGCUCGCGUUUUUAAUGAGUCGUGUCAUUUUUGCACAGAAGCUCUCUCUCAUGUCGUACGUCACAAGCGACCCUGGCUUGAUGGUGGCAGAGUUAGCGCGCAUACUUCUGACUUUCCUGAAGGAAAGCUGUGCCGCUGUCGCAGGGAGUGGAAAGGUGGCCAGGAUGCACCAUGUCGCCCUGCUCGCACAGGAUCGCCUGUUCUUCCUGAUGCGAGUCUUUUGCUCGCUCAAGAACUGCACCAUCAUGCUGAGUGACACAAGCGGUCGCGACAAUGCCGGUGCCGCAUUGGAGGUGUUUGACACGAUCUGCAACCACGUCCUCACUGGCCAGCAUUUAACCUGGAUGUCGCACAUCUACGUAUGGUUCUGCGACGAGGCAGCGCGGCUGGCCCGCAGCGGCGGUGCGAUCCCUAGCGCCUAUGUCUACGCCACUCACGACACGUUGCGCUGCAUCUUGGGCUGCUGCACUGAUAACGAAGCGUGUGCCAAGGCCUUUCUUUACUCAGAGCCGGUGGCAUGUGUCACACACAUGUUUUACGGGCUCAAGCUGCGCAUCUCACUAGGUGAUCUGCUUCGGCCGUAUGAGGACGAGCGCCCCAUCGCGGAGAGUGCCAAAGUCACAGCCGGCGACGCCCCUGAGCAGCACACAAGCGUGGUGAUCACAGACAAUAAUUGCAGCAGCUACGGCACCCCUUUCGAAGCCACCGACCGUGAUGAGCUGCAACGCACCUCGAUGCGGGCUAGCCCCAUCCCGCAGCGGCCGCCUGGCGCAGGCUACCUCAAGACACGCUACUUCACCACCCUCACUGCUUCGCGCGCCCAGCAGCACUCACAGCAGAUGCCAAGAGAAGGUCACAGAACGUCUCCAAACAGUGCCGCGGUCGCCUCGCUGGCGCACAACCUUAGCUCUUCUGCUACAAGUAGCACUGCGGGCACGUCGUGGGCGUUUGACUUGCCCGAUCUGUCGACGCCACAGCUGAAGGCGCUUCUUCUUGGAGGACGUGAGAACGCCUUUGACUCACUUCUCUUUGCCGCCCUUGACGUCGUGAUUGAGGUAAUGCGCAUGACACGCGACUACGCGCACUGGAUGGUGCUUUCUACAGUCAAUAAUUUGCUGCUGCUCAGCAAGAAGAGCAUCGAGGUCGGUGACGUGGCGGCAGUGUCGCCACCGCUGUCACAGGUAGUGGCCAUGUAUGAGAACAUCAUGGUACUGUUCCAGUUCCUGCUCUUACUGAUGCAAGGGAUGGACUUUGAAAAGCCGGUGCGACCGGUGUUAGGGAGCACCUCUUCAGCGCCUGCGACUUCAACACCCAUCGGAGCAGAAAAGGAGGCACAGAAGGGGGACAGAAAGGGCACACAACGGCUUUCAAGGCCAUCCCCGCUGAGCAGCAGACCAUCGUCAUUCAUGCAGCUCGGCGCAGAGGGCACCUCUACCACACGCAGGGGUGAGAUGGACCCGCUUCCGGCCACGGCGAUGGUGGAGAACAAGACCAUGGUCACCUCGAUGGAUAGUGCGCAGCUGCGUGAACACAUAUCACAAGAGAUUGUGCACAUGGUACUGCAAACCGACGUGCACGCGGUGUUGGUGGCGACGAUGCGCAUUUUGGAGUGCGACCAGACGCUCUUUCGUGUGUUGCACUCCUUCUGCAUGCUGGAUGGGCGAACGACUGUGCCGGCGAAGUCCACAAAGGGGCGCGGUAACACCAGCGUUGUCAAAGCGGCGGGCACGACCUUGCCCAAACGAGGCAUCGGUAAGGACACUGUGGAGAGUGUGCCGACGUUCAACACCGCCGUCAAUCUCUUCGUCACCUCGAACUUUGGAGACCUGCGGAACAUUGCAAAAUAUGUGGAAUGUAGCGACAACCUCGAUGACGGCCUGGACGGCAACGGAGGCAGCCAAAGGGGCUCUUGCAUUAGCAUGGGGACCGACAAUGGCCGUGAAAACGAAUUGGGUGGCUCCAGCAUCAUCGCCUCACGUGGUACGAUGUCGUUUCUCGACCAGCAGCCCUCGAGUCCGAAGCAUUCAAGUCGCCAGCAGCAGAGUGAAGGUGGCGGCGGUAACAAGAAGAGGAUAAAGGUCGGUGCAGGCGGCGGCAAGAGCUUCGCUAAGUCCUUUCUGAAGUCGUUCUUUGGAAAUAGCACUUCAGACAGCGCGGCUGCCACCACCAAGCACGGUGUUGCAAAUGAGGGCAACAACAACGACAUGGAGCGGAGCUUGUCAAGCUCCUCGACGGACGUUUCUUCCUACUCAUGCUCCGAGAGCGACGCGGGCAGCAGCAUUAAAAGCAGCAGUGGCAGCCGCACCAGUGACGACAAUAAUCUUCUCAGCUGUGCGAGGGGGACGCUGGAGGGCAGUGGUGUUGGCUCACUACUGUCGAAACACAGCUUUGGCGAGAGUGGCGGCUACCCUCUGCCAUGGAAACGUGGCAGCAGCAUCUACCACGCGCUGAAGGGUGGUGACAAUGGCCGUCAUCACCGACGUAAGCACAGAGCGAGACUGGUGUAUUCAGAGUGGCGUGACGUGCCUUCCUACACGGCGCUUGCGAGAGAGCUGGUUCGCAUCUUAAACCUCGUGCUAGAGGACGUGGAGCUCAGUGUGGACGUUCGUCUCGGGGCAGGACUGCUUCUGCCCAGCGUUGUGUUGCGCGAUAAACACGUGUUUCGCAUCUAUGAGGGUCACAUGCUCAUCCGCAAUUACUUGACACUGCUCCUCCGCGAGCUUCAGUACAACAUAAAGCUGCGUGGGAUGUCGACACCUGCGGCUGCAGAUCGUGAAGGAGCGUUGCACACAUCCUUCAGUGGCUCGCAGGAAGAGCAGCAGAGUGUUUUGGGCAGCGCUGUGGCGAGCUUGUUACCGCUACCAAAGCAGCAGCAGGUGUGCAGCAGCAGCCGUGCGCACCUAACACAGCAGGAGCUGAUGGACUUUGCGCCGAAGGUAAUUCAGACACUUGAGCAGACCUUUAAAGUUCUCGGUGUAAUACCGCUGACGAGUGACGUGGCCUCGCUCACGGAGCUGCCGCUCUACUUCUGCACUGACGGCGGUGCUCCGCUCGGCAAUGCCCUUGAGUGCUGGUUUACACGGGUCGUCGUUCUGUGGCUCAUCGGCCUCGUUGGUGCACAGUGUGAUGAGGACAUCGAUCGACAUGCGAUGGAGGUGCUGCUCCUCCUCAUGAGCCGCGCUGUUGCCCGGGGGUCGCUGCCGAAGGACAGCAGCAGAACACUCAGGGGCACCCCUUCUGGCGCCGCCACCGUGGUGCAAUGCAGCACCACCGCUGGCGUAGCAGCACCGUCCGGCACGACGCCGACUGUGACAUCGUCCUCUGCAGACUGGGCCAAUGCACGACACACACGGGCGCUUUCCGUGGCGGACGGUGCCGCUGGAGUCAUGUCCUCUCCAUUCCUGACGUCAUUGUCCACCCACACUUUCAGCUUCUCGGCGACAGCAACGGAGCUAGGAGUAUCGACGGCUGCAGCGGAGUCUAUGACACACGUCGGCCCACGACCGCCAAUUAGUGGUAGCGGUCUCAACGGCGCCGAACACGAUGCCGAGAUGGACCCUCAGCGCAAUCCCUCCAGUCAUUCCCUGUUAGACACAACCAAGUUAGCUGGUCUUACGACUGCGGCGGCCGUCGACACCGACAUGGUGGAGUGCGGCAACACCGUCGAGGCACUCAGUUUGGUAUUUCGGGUGCUGCUGAGCCGCUCGCAAGACCUGCUCUCUCCUGCCGGGCUGUCCACGGUGCUCUCGCUCUUUACGAGCAGCGACAGCAACCUCUCGCUCCUGGGCCGUGAGUGCAUGACAUGCUCCCUGGAGAUUCCGUCCGUAUAUCCACUCUACACGGACGUCAUUGUCGACAGCAAUGCCUUCUUACUCACAAAGACGCUCUCAGUGAUAUCGGCGUACUUGACCUCAACAUCGCUGACGCCGGUGACACGGCGCGAACGGCGACUGUGGAUGCAGUGCUGCGGCUGCGUUGAUGCGGCCAUACGCGUCCUUGCGCGUGUGCUUGACUCACCUCAGUCGACACCAAACUUUAUGAGAGUGAUUCCACUUCUCUUUCAGUUCCUCUCUGCCUUUGAGUCUGGCGAUUGCAAGCCGCCGCAGCUGUCGUGCACCAACUUCAUCGUUAGCGUUACGGAGCGACUGGCGAAGCUGAAGGGCAUGGAGUACUUCAUCAUCGUCACUCAGGCGGUGCUGGACGCCUCCACGGGCACUUUCGGCAGUACCAAGAGCGGCUACACCAACGCCUGCGACCCAGAAACAUACUACACAGAGAUGCAGGUGAUUGGCAGCUUCCGCAUUGCCCUCCACAACUGUGCGGCCGAGAAGCCCAUCUUUCUGGAGUUGCUUCCGUCGCUACUGACCCUCGCCAAGGGGCACAGCGACUCGCUCUUCACCGACCUUGUUGAGGUUCUUUUUCGUAUUCUGAAGUGCACGAGCAUUGUCAGCUCCGAGCGGCUUCUCAGUUUCAUUCUCGAUCAUGAGCUGACACAAAUGCUUCCCUACUUGGAGCUCUCGGGACGCUACGUGGAGGAGAAACUGCCCUUCACUGGUACCGCAGCGGACCUGCAGCGCUUUUGGCAGCCCAUCUUGGUCCGCUCGCCGCGGCGCAGCGCGCUCCGUUUCACGUCUCACGGUGGUGUGCAGGUAAGCGUGGGGCUGUGGCCAGACAAGGGGUUCAGCAUUUCAACCUGGUUCAACUUUGAUCGGCUAUACAGCACAAUCCCGUUAUUCGAGUUCCAAGGUGUCCUGAGCGAUAGUGGUGGUGUCACUUCCACGCUGCGCGGCUUGACCACGACCGCGUUCCUCUUUAUCUUCGGUGGCGAUAGCGUUCAGCUGACGAUGAACGAUGGACGGCGCAUCACAGUUAACGAGAGCCAUGCGCUGCAAAACUUCAGCCCAAACAAGUGGGUACACGUUUGCGCCGUUCUGCGCCCAACGCGCGUUUGCGAUGUCUACAUCAGCGGCUUCAAGGUGGGCACGACGGCGUUCCCGUACUUCGCUGCAGGUGCGGCGGCGCGCGUGAACGUCGGCUUCACGGAUGAUGUGCUCAAGCACGCCACGUUGUUGACCACUGACACUUCGCCGCUCUUUUCAAUGGGCGACAUCGCGCUCUGGGCACAACCAUUGAGCCAAUCGCAAGUGCAGGCGGAGCUUGCAAACGACGGCGACAGGCGUGGUGCAACGACGGGUGCUGGAUGCCCAGUCUCUUUUCCUGCGAAGAUUCGGGAGGAGGGCAUCCCUCAAGAGCUGACGAUGAUGGGCGUGAUGUCGCAGACCACGGGCCCCAGCAGCAUGGUUGGUCUCUCGUUUGCAACGGCCAACAGCACCACCGCGGGACCGAGUGACAACUUCACGGAGGAGAAGGGCCUCCACUGUGGUGGCGCGUGGUCGGCCUCUGCCGCGCGCAUGGCCCGCUUUGUGCCGUUCGAGAAUGAAGACGACAUGCUGCGGAAUGUACUGGCCAAUCCUACUGGCUUCCCGGUAAUUGCAAAGCUUGUCGGCCGGUACACGACACCACCGAAAUCGUGGGUGGACUACCCGCUGCUGUGGGUGACCCGUGGUGGCAUCGUGCGCAUGCUGGACUGGAUGCACCUCGUCACGUCCUCGACGCAGCUGGAGGACCUCUUGAAGCUCAUUUUGGAGUGCGUGCAGCGCACUACGAUCGCCGCCACGCUCGAUCCGCGCACGUACUUGCUCUUCGCCUACAUGCUGAGAAACCAUGUCGCCCGCUACAUGACAAACGCCACAUGUGACCAGCUCCUCGAACUGACUUCUUCUCACAUCAACAUCUUCGACGAAGAGCACCGCGUUGUCAUUAACCGACUUGCCUUUGAGCAUGUCCUGAGCGACUUCGCCCUCUACGCCGCGCUGCAGUUGGACACGGCGCUUUACCUCCUGAAGCGCGUCCGCCGACUCUUUCACACGUCGCAGUGUCGCUACGCGAGACACAACGCGCGCUUCGUUUCGCCGUACCGCUUUAUCGACCGACUACUGCACAGCCUCAUUGGGGCGGCUGCGCGAACACCGCUGCAACUGCAUCGCGCCGUGGUCAAGGUAGCCCAACAAGUCGUCGUGGCUUGUGAUAUGGAGGAUGGACUAGUACAAAUCUUCAUCUCUCUGGUUGCCUUGCUGACACCCGAGGAGAGUAUGGUGAGCAGCCGGCGUAACCCGAAGAUCAAGGUUGUGCUGCCGGAAAUGAGGGCCGUUACUCGUGGAACUGACAUUUCACUGCGUACGGCAAAUCACUUGACUACGCUGCUGCUAUCGACUCUGGUGGAGUGCUUCUCGCAGAGCCCCUGCGUGUUGGCGUUGUCGCACACGGUCGACCUGCCGUGGUACUCGGUGUGUGUGUCGCGCUUCGCCGACCCAGCGGCGGUGGUGUACGCGACGCGCAUCUUCUUCGAGGCUGUCCAGCACAAUCCGGUGCUGCAGGAGGAGGUCGCACAGCACCAGUCCGCUGUCGUGGAAGUGCUGACGGAGCACGCGGUGCACGAGGACCUCAUUCUACUUUUGUUGGCGCUCACGAUAGGUGCCGCGCGACACAUUGACGUGCUAUCUCACAAGCAUUCGCUGCAGCAGCAGCUCGACAGUCUGCUGAGCACCUUCACCCCGGAGCCAAACACGCUCGUUUCCCCUAUUUUUGUGCAACUCCUCGUCACUCACCUUCACCGCAUUGUGCAGUGCCCACGGCGGUGUCCCGUGAAGGCACAGACGGUGCAGCAAGAAGACCAACGACUCUUGCACCGCGUUCGGUGCUACUUCAGCGUGGCGCGCGUGUGCAGUCGACUCAUGAUCCUCAUCAGGGUACGCCGAUACCGGGCACUCUUGAUCCGUCACCGCCUCUCCACAGCCGGCACCUCCUCCGUCGAAAUGCCCAUCCUCAGCCUUUCGCAUCACCAGCGAGUGCGCAGCAGUGGAAUCGGGAGUAGCAGCAGUCAGAUUGCCAGCUUUGCGUCCAACAGCGAAGCCGGUGUCAUCGCCGGCGCCGCCCCAGCAGAACUAGUAAACGCAUCCUUUGCCUCCAGCAGUCACAGUCGCGCGCCUCUGAGCUCCCUCUCGCCAAGUCCGCGCGGCGUCGACGCCGCGACCGGCAGGUGCAGCGGUGAGCGCAGUGGGGCAGCGACUGGGGUAGCAUUACGAACGACUCAGUCACAGUUGGUCCGUGGCUCGUACGGGUUUGGUCGUCGUAGCACCGGUGGCUGUGGCAGUGGUGACCGCAGAUGCGAGGGCGAUCUACCGCUGGGCCGAACGCCGCUCAAAGACACUGUAGGUCCGCGCUCGCUUCUGAUGUUGUCUGCCCCCGCGGUCAACAUCGGCAAUGACGAUCACACCGCUAGCAGCGCCGAUACUAUUGGCGAGGCACCGAAGUGGAAGCUGCCGGUGCUGCUACCAGACAUGUGGGCCACGCCGUUGUCCCCACUGCACAGGACGGCAGUAUCACACGAAUUUAUCCCCGCCGCAUCGUCCGCGACUAGCGGACACAACACCGAUAUUGCGGUGGGACAGACAUGCCAGGCCCCCAGCGAACACGGCGUAUCCCGGAUGAGUGCGCAUCUGGGAGCAUGCUGCGCCCACGACUCCGCUGGUGAUGACAGCGAUGCGAGCUCCGUUGCUGCUUCAGUUGACGUGAUCGACACCCAAUUGAAGGCAAGUUCGGAUUUCCGUGUGCAUUCGCGAAAGCACCGGCGUGCCUUUGCCGUACUGCACGUCUCGUUGCUGCUGUGGCUGCCACUGCAGGUGAAGCGGUGUCAAUGGGUGCUCAUACCUCACUCACAUCCAUCCGAAGAGGACCUCAGUUGUCACCAUGCCGGGACACUGUUUUGCAUUCGGACAUUGCACCAUUUUGCGUCUAUGUCGAACAACUUUUACCUCUUCGUGAAUUCACCGAUGCAGACGGCGGCUCUGAGCUCGCUGGUGGCGUACAUCUCGCGCGACAUGCUCCUGGAGCAGCUUGACAUGUGGGAGCAGAUGAUCAGUUCGAUGGAGGUUGCGCCAGUGCGAGGUUCGGAGGUAGGGACGGCGACAGUUACGGCUACUGUAGCCACGAUGAGCACGACCACAGAGAAACAUCACCAGCAACCGCUGCAGAAAGACACACCCGUGCCUCUCGCUGUGAGCCUACCAGCGGACAGGGGCAUCAAGUCUGCAGAAGACACCGAGGGAGAUGGGGAAGGUGAAGAGGUGCCUCCAGUUGGCAGUAUGAGUUCUGCUUCAUUCAAUCCUAUACGACGCAUCUCAAGCUCUGAUAAGGCCAUGGCCACUGCGACGAAGCCACUAAUGCUUGACCACCAUCGCAGCAACAGCAGUGUGGAUGCCUACAGCGUCGACCGAGAGAGCGUGCACGAGGACGCGGAGUCCGAGAUGGCAGCGAGACCACCACCGCAGCAAGGCCUUUCCGAAACGCUGCAGCGACGCCUUACUCGACCCAGUUCCAUGACGCUCCGCACUGCCGAAUCGUUGUCGACACAGCUUGACAAGAUAGCGGCUUUGGAGUCGCUGCAGUCACGCUUUACGUUCGGCAGCGAGGAACUGGACGAUGCGGAAGUGGAGAAAGCUGGAGCGGAGCGGCGAUGCUGCGUUAGUCUCGACGAUGGCGACGCGAGCAGCGUCACGAACAGUUUUUUUGAUGUUGAGGGGCUUUUGCCUGUCAAGUUGACUCAUGUGCCAUCGAGGCACCGAAGGAAACCACAACUUCCACCUCAAUCGCUGCGGCUGUGCACGACAGAGUUGGCGCAGGACCCAUACACUAAAGUACAAGACGAGGAGCGCGGCAGCAGCGCUACCACCGCAGCUGCAACGAUCAUGGGGAGGGAUACAACGGCUGCCGCGACGGCGGGGCUACAUGAUUCGAAAGAAGCCUCUCCAGCAAAGCCAGACGCAAGCGGCAACAAUGGUGACAAUGAUGACACCUCGUCUGUGUCGUCUUCGGAGAUGUCGGUGCGUAGCCAUAUCUCUAUGAUGUCUAGUUCGAGCCUAACGUCGGUCUCGUCGACAAUGCCCUCGACUAUGGCAGACACAAAGAGGGCGGUCUCAGCACCGAUCGGAUCCUUUUCAAAUUUAUCCCCUGAGUCUGCCACUCUGCGUGGCCACAACCCCUCCAAUGUGGAUUCGAUGACCGCCACGAAGAUCGUCGAAUCCGUAGGUGAAGUGGUGCGCCGCGACGCCGUGAGCCUUCUUCGUGCUCUAAUCCGCUCUUCUCUCGACACGUUACCAAUGCCGAACUGGGUAGGGGGCUCAGCCUAUGGCUCGUGCGGGGGGCUGCUCUUUCAGCUGCUCUUCAUUACCACUGCCAAGGCACUUGCUGACGGCUCGACGACAACCCUCGUACGCUACUUUUUGCUGGGCGUCAGCAACGCGGUAAAGGAGAAGCGAGACCUGGAGGUGGGGCAGGCCUCGCAUCACUGUCACUUCCCCUCCUUGUCGAAGAGUGUUGUCUCUGUCAAGGUAACACCGAGUGGGCUCGACGGGUCGCUGCUUGGACGGCCGGCAUCGACCUUCUGGGAUACGUCCAUGUUGAGUACCGCUGCAGGGGCAGGAGCAUCGAUGGGUAGCAAUGUCGGCGGGCUCCCCACAAAUGAGUCUUUGGCAUCCGUCGGCUCACACACAAGGGGUAUGUCGCUAUCAGCGGUCUCCAUCUCGUCCACUAGUCGUGCGGUCCUCAACGGCCCCGUUAGUCUUGGAGUCAGCGGUGCUGGACUCGCUCCUCUGGGUGCGUCGCAGAUGGGGGCCGAUGAUGGCGUCGGGCUUUAUUCACAGCACGGCAGCGCGCCUCUGACGCCGAAGGUGCCUGGGCAGACUUACGUUUCGAUGAACUCUGCGGCAUUGCCGACGCACCACCAUGUGCCACUGUCCUCGAGCUUCAACGGGGCUGUUAGUGCUAGUGCUGGGCACGCACAGCAUCACAGCAGCAACAGCAACUUGACUUCGGCAACCGGAGCAUACUCAGACGUGUUCCUCUUCAACCUAAGCCACUUUACAGACUUGAUUGUGGACAUGCUCGCCAUCAAUGUGCUGGACCUCUCGAUGGUGACACACUUUUUCCUGACCCUGCUCGUGCUCUACCAGGGGUGGCCGAAGCGGUAUGUGGAUCAGCUGAGUUGGCAGGUGAUGCAGGUGUGCAUUGCGGUGCUGAACCGACCAUCAACCCAAGACGCCAGCGUCGGCCUUAUCGAGAGCGUCUACACACUGUCGACGCUGGUGCUUCGGCGUGGGUGGAAGCACAAGGGUGUCUUGGAGUCGUUGUUGCGAGUACUCUACCGCGUCUUUGUAUCGCUCCCACCGUCAUGGAUGACAGACGCCGACGCGCGUCACCGCAAGCGUCUCAUCACGCUCAUCUUCCGCCACAUUGUGCAGACCUACGCUGGCACAAGGGAGCUCGAAAAAGCGUUGACGAUGCGCAUGCUGACGCAGCGCCUGUCCCUCUACGACGACUUCCUCAUGGUCUUCUCCCUGAAGAACGAGGACGAGUGUUGCGCGACGUUUGAUCAGUACUGCAUCGACCAGUUUUCUUCCAUCGAUGCGCUCAUGUCGGGCCGCCUCAAAGCCAAGGCAGAUCUUGCCUACAAGGCCAGCAUCAAGACACGCAGCGAGUAUAUCAAGCGCAUCAAGGCCUUCAACGGCCGGUACAUCCAAGUCAUGGAGGUGACGGAGUGCUAUCGGCCCGCUGCUUUGCGUUUGACUUACGCGUCCAGGUUCUCUUCCUUCGUGGCCACAACACCGCAUGUAGAUGCAUCACAGCUGCACUGGCUGCUUUCUUCAGUGUGCGCGCUGCGCGAGAACCAUACGGCGUCGCACGCGACGCCAUGGUGCAUGCCAAUGACCGGGGCUGGGGUGUCAGCUGACAGAAGUGCGGCUCUUAGGGUGUCCGCUAGGCGAACCAACGCCGGUGAAGGGGCGGAACGCACGCUUUACCACUUUAUGGAUCCGCAGAUGAACUACGGCGAGUUGAAAGGUGUGCGAUGGGGCGAGUGGCGCGACUCGCACGAGCCGAUAGAAGAGGCGGCAACGAGCGCCACAACGACACCUGGUGCACUCGACCUGAGCUGUGUUAGUGGCUCCAGCCACACUGAUAUGACUAGAGGCCCGAUGAAUGCGAACAGCGCAUCAUCUCCUACCAAGACGAGCGGCACGGUAGCGCUGGCAGCAGGAGUACGAAGGUCAACGAAAGAGCAUCCGCCGGAGAACGACUUGGUUCACGCUGCGGAAUGCGAGGAGCUUGUCCAGCACAUUGCAGUGCUAGUGCCGCCCCUCAGCACCCACUGUCGUCCGCACAUUGGCGAUGACGCCUUCCGCACGGCGCUGAAGGACUUGUCGAUCACGCUCACACCCUCCGCGAUAACGCUGCUGCGCUACUUGGUGGCACCACACGAGACGGUGCGUUUUCUCGGUAACGGCUUCCGCAUCAACGGCAUUCACGCCACCCCGUGCCUCAUCCUGCUCACGAAUGUGACGUUGAAGGUGAUUAGCUUUUCACGCGUGACAGAGGGCGGAGACGUCAUCCUGUGUGAGCACGCGGUCGAUGACGACGACACGCACAGCCGCGGCGCCCCCGGCGAGCUGAACCUCAACGUCAACAACAACAACAACAACUGCAUCAGCAGUCCUGGCCACCACAACACUGCAGGAGGCUCUUUCGACGACAGCAAGUGGUCGCUGACGAAGUCGAUGGGCAGGAAUCCAUUCAGCACGGCAUCCAUGGCAAGGCAGCUGCAGAAGCUGUUCUAUGACGACUCAAUAAAGCACCGACAGCAUCAGGACGGCACGCGCGUUGCACAGGCGGUGCGGCAGGUGAUGAGCUACAACUACCAAAACAUCUAUUGGACCUACCUGGUCAGCUCAAUCCGCGCAGUACGCCCGCUGCACUACAUGCACCUUAACACAGCUGUGCAACUGCUACUCUAUUAUGACAACGGCCCAAUGCUCUCCGUGGUGGACGCAAAGCAGUCCAUGAACCCGUCCGCAAGAAAGGAGUUCAUCAAAGCGCUCAAGGACGUCGUGGGGACGCAGCAGUGCACUUUCAUCGACGAGAACCAGCGAGGGGCAAGUAUGCGGACACACCUGGUUCGGUGGGCGACGGGUUCGCUCUCGAACUACGAGUACCUGCGCUUCUUAAACGAGGUGGCGGGGCGGACGAACCGAGACCUGAACCAGUACCCCAUCUUUCCUUGGGUGUUGGCUGACUAUACGAGCACCACCCUCGACCUGGAGGCGGCCUCCACCUUUCGCGACUUUGCGUAUCCAAUGGGGGCACAAACGGAGACACGGCGCGCCGCUGCUGCGAAGCUCUACGAGAACACACGGGAGGUGUGCGACGUGGGCAAGGGCGAAGCCCACCCGUUCCACCACGGCACUCACUACUCUACCAGCGGCGGCGUGCUGUACUUCCUCGUACGCGCACAGCCCUUCACGACAUAUGCGCGCCUCUUCCAAGGCGGUGACUUUGACCUCGCUAUGCGACUCUUUGACUCCGUCGCCGCGUCGUUCGCGUCGUGCAUGUCAGGCUCGGCAGACUGCAAGGAGCUCAUCCCUGAGUUCUACGUUAACAGCGGAUUUCUGGCCAACGCAGAUCACCUCCACUUAGGCACCAAAUCGAACGGAGAGGCGGUCGAUGAUGUGCGGCUCCCGCCAUGGGCGAAGAACUCACAGCAGGUCUUCACUGCUGUGAUGCGAUACGCACUGGAGUGCCCCUACGUUGUCGAGCACCUGCAUCAGUGGAUCGACCUCGUCUUUGGUGUGCGUCGGCGUGGCCCGCUCGCGGUGGAGCGGUACAACGUGUUUCAGCGCAUGACGUACGGCGAGGAAGUGGCGCAGGCGCUUAAAAACGCCGAGACACCGCACGACUGCGACGUCAUUAUUGCAGAGGUGGACAACUUUGGUCAGACGCCGCCGCAGCUCUUCCAGGAACUGCACCCCUCCCAUCACGAGCUGGCACCUGUUGUGAAGGCUUCGCCACUGGACGGCGGUGCCACGAGAGGUGGUGGUGGCGUUAUGACACAGUCAGACAACCAUAGCACCGGUGGUGGCGGCUCAGCUGCGUCGUGGUCAGUGACGAAUGUCAUAAGCGCGAUGAUGCUUGGCGGUUUGUACACCUCAGCCACGGUAACAGCCUCGUCAGCAGCAGCGGUAGCAGGAGCAGGAAACCAGCUUGGGGUCACCUUCAGCAAUCUCGUGUCCUCUGGCUCCUUCACUAGUGGUCAGACAUACACGCAAACAUUUCGCCGCGAGGCACCCAAGGUGGUGCGGAUGCUGAUUCAUGCCAUGGACGAGACCCAGACGUGGUUUGUGCUGCGGGACCCGCCAGGCAGCGUGCUGCAGCACCCAUCACCGCCGGCGCUGACGGACGUGUUUUGCUUCAGCAGUCAAGCUGUGCUGCACUUCAGCAUGCUACGCACCACCAAGAAGCUCGCGUGUGCGUACGCGCAGCUUGUGCCAGUAGCGGACACGGAUUACUACCUGUGCUGGCACGAACGGGAGGCACGCCUCAUGCGCUACACAACCGGACAGGCUACCUUCCACUCCGCCAUCGCCUUUGAUCCGCGGGAUGAGAACGGUGCCCGCAUCAGCGCUGUCGCCGUUGGCCCGCGUGAGUCUGUCCUGCUUGUUGCCAUUAGCAGCGGCGCGGUGUACUGCCUCUUUCCCAACGACACAGGCGAUGGCGCGCUCCACGUGCGUGGGACGUUGUGCUACCACCGAUCGCCUGUUACGAAAAUCGCGCUCGAGUCGAAGCGACAUCGUGCCGUCACCAUCACACACUCCGCCGGCGACGACGAGCCCAUUCUGUGGCGCGUGCAGCGAAGUGGUUGUUGCUUUGUGUGUCGCCUUGGAGUACAGCAGCUUCUACCGACGCUGCCACAUUCUUUGAUAUCACCGACUAGUGAGACAACAUCCGAGACUGCCGAAGGGUACACUGUCGUAGACGUUGCGAUCGAUACCGUGUCGGGCAACGUGGCGCUCGUGACGGCUCGGUCGCUGCUGCUGUUCGACACCAACGGCGAGCCAUUUGGCGUGGGCACGUUGCCAUCACCGACGUCACUAUGCCCGGUGAGCACUGUUACGCUCAAGGACGAUAACGGCGACGUUGGUGUGGCGGUAAGCCGUCCUGUACUCUGCGUGGCCGACAUCACCGCUGUUGCCUUCUAUCAAACAAGUGAGUGGGCUUCCGGCAUGGGGAUGCUCCUCACCGGCCACAGGGACGGAAGCCUCUCUGCAUGGCGCACAACGCGGCUACCUCCGCACACAGUUGCCCCUGGCAAGAUAGCCAUGGUUGAGUUUCACGCCCGUCUGCUCAGCGGCUCAGCGAUGCCGACGGCAUCGACUACUGCAGGCAGUUUUACAGGGCAACAGGAUGCGGCUGCUGCUGGUGCGGGUAGCCGCGGUAGUGUGUCGAUGAGCGGCGCGGCGUCUCUCGGCACCAGUGGUGGUGCUCCCGGUGCGGCAGCUGGAAUCACUGGCACAGGUGCAAUGAACUGCCCAGUGACGGCGUUGCAUCAAGAGAACGCCGAUGUGCCGACCUUCUUGGUCGGUUAUGCCAACGGAACGGUGCGGCAGCUUGUCUUUGAGGAUCCAGUUCUAUCCUCUUUGUGCGGAAGCGGAGGUGGUGGUGCGGGCGGAGGCAGCAGCGGCAGCGGAAACACCGGGGAUGACCGCAGCCAGCGUCGCCGAUGCCCCGAGGGUGUACCUGCGCCCUGUAGCUAG